AUGGGUGUAUGGACAGCCCUGCUUCUGGCCUCGCAGCUGCUAUUAAAACUGAGCUUAAACGUAAAAGCCCAGGCUUUAGUCUAUGAUCUGCUCACCUCGCCUGAUUGCCUGCCAGACCUGCUGCAGGGGGGUCUGGCCGAGCAAGGGGUGCACGAGGCUUUCAUCCUAGCCUCCUUCAAGUUGCAGCCCAAGACCGGAACCAGUGUGUUUACCCUGUACAACCCCCAGGACAACAGCAAGUACUUUGAGUUCACCGUGAUGGGGAAGCUCAACAAAGCUGUGUUACGCUACAUGCGGAUUGACAAGAGGAUGAGCUCAGUAUCCUUCAACAACCUGGUGCUGGCAGAUGGCCAACAGCACCGACUGUUGUUCCACCUGAAGGGGAUGCAGCAGCAGGGGCCAGGCGGGGUGGAGCUGCAUCUGGACUGCAGGCUGGUGGAGAAGGUCGGGGAUCUCCCUGCUGCCUUCCAAGGUUUGCCAGCAGGCUACGGUACGGUGGACCUGAAGACCAUGCAAGCCAGGGAGCAGGAGAGUUUGGACGAGCUCAAGCUGGUGGUUGGGGACACAUUUGAAAAUGUUGCGUCACUACAAGACUGCCACUUCCAACAAAGAGACUCCGUCCAAACUCUGGGGGUCAACACGAAGCAGCUGUCCAAUCAAAUGCUGGAGUUAACCAAGGUGAUAAAUGACCUGAAAGACGUCCUCAUUCAGCAGGUCAAAGAGACCUCAUUCCUCAGAAACACCAUUUCAGAGUGUCAGGCUUGUGGUCUGGGUGGGACAGAGGUGGUGAAACCAAGGUGUACCCCAGGGGUCUGUUUCCGUAACGAUAUGUGUGUAGAGACAGCGGAUGGUGUCGAGUGUGGACAGUGUCCUGACGGCUACACUGGAGAUGGUUUCAACUGUGAUGAUGUGGACGAGUGCCAGUUUAACCCCUGCUUCCCUGGAGUGAAGUGUGUGAACACCGCCCCGGGCUUCCGCUGUGACGCCUGUCCGCUGGGCUACACCGGCCUGGCAGUGGAGGGUGUCGGCAUCGUGUAUGCCCAGACCAACAAACAGGUCUGUGACGACGUUGACGAAUGUAAAGAGCCCAACAACGGAGGCUGCGCCGCGAACUCCGUCUGUCACAACUCUGUGGGCUCUUAUCACUGCGGCAGCUGUAAGACAGGUUUCACAGGAGACCAAGUGAAGGGCUGUAAGCCAGAGAUCAGCUGCGGAAACAGCCUGACCAACCCAUGCGAUGUCAACGCCCAGUGUAUUGCAGAGAGGGACGGGUCAAUCCAUUGUCAGUGUGGAAUUGGCUGGGCCGGAAACGGAUUCCUGUGUGGGAAGGAUACCGACAUUGACGGAUACCCAGAUGACAAACUCAAAUGCAAAGAUGUGUUCUGUAAAAAGGAUAACUGCAUCUUCGUUCCCAACUCCGGUCAAGAGGAUGCAGACAGGGAUGGUUACGGAGACGCCUGUGACGACGAUGCCGAUGGUGACGGUAUACCAAACGAGCAGGACAACUGCCGGUUGAAGGCCAACCUGGACCAGAGGAACAGCGAUAAGGACAGCCACGGCGACGCCUGUGAUAACUGUCGCACGGUGGAGAACCCGGACCAAUGGGACACCGACAGCGACGGCAAAGGAGACGCCUGCGAUGAUGACAUGGACGGAGACGGCCUGAAGAACUUCCUGGACAAUUGCCAGCGUGUCCAGAACAGAGACCAGCUGGACCGGGACGGAGACGGAGUGGGAGACGCCUGUGACAGCUGCCCCGACACCCCCAACCCGAACCAGUCCGAUAUUGACAACGACCUGGUUGGAGACUCCUGUGACACAAACCAAGACAGUGAUGGCGACGGUCACCAGGAUACCAAGGAUAAUUGCCCAUUCGUGAUAAAUAGCUCCCAGCUGGACAGUGACAAAGACGGGCUUGGUGACGAGUGUGACGAUGAUGAUGACAAUGAUGGGAUCCCUGACAGUUUACCACCGGGACCGGACAACUGCCGGCUGGUACCAAAUCCUGACCAGAUUGACGACAACGGUGAUGGCGUUGGAGACGUGUGUGAGUCUGACUUCGACCAGGACAAAGUGAUCGACAGGAUUGACAACUGUCCCGAGAAUGCUGAGGUCACCUUGACUGACUUCAGGGCCUAUCAGACGGUGGUGCUGGACCCUGAGGGCGACGCCCAGAUUGACCCCAACUGGGUUGUUUUGAACCAGGGAAUGGAAAUUGUCCAGACCAUGAAUAGUGACCCAGGACUUGCUGUUGGUUACACUGCUUUCAGUGGAGUGGACUUUGAAGGAACCUUUCACGUAAAUACAGUGACCGACGACGACUACGCCGGCUUCAUCUUUGGCUACCAGGACUCGUCCUCCUUCUACGUGGUGAUGUGGAAGCAGACCGAACAGACCUACUGGCAGGCGACGCCCUUCAGAGCUGUGGCUGAGCCCGGCAUCCAACUUAAGGCUGUGAAGUCUAGAUCGGGCCCCGGGGAGCACCUGAGAAACUCGCUGUGGCACACGGGAGACACCAACGAUCAGGUGCGUCUGCUGUGGAAGGACCCCAGAAACGUAGGCUGGAAGGACAAGGUGUCCUACCGUUGGUACCUGCAGCACCGCCCACAGGUUGGAUACAUCAGGGCGCGGUUUUAUGAAGGAACCGAGCUGGUUGCAGACUCUGGUGUGACAAUUGACACGACCAUGCGAGGAGGACGACUCGGUGUGUUCUGUUUCUCUCAAGAAAACAUCAUCUGGUCCAAUUUAAAAUACCGCUGCAAUGACACCAUCCCAGAGGAUUUCCAGGAGUUCAGCACUCAGCACGAACGUGACUCACUCUGAAGUCGAGACAAAAACAAGACGCCAGUUCUCUAAAGACUUCUGUGUGUGAAUGUGUGAGUUUGACGUGUGCGUGUGUGUGUGUGUUUCUGUAUCCGUCUGUGUAUUAAUAUGUACAGUUUCAGUGCAUCUAUGACCACAAUCACCGUACUGUAUGUGCAUAUUAUCAUGCCUCUUUCCGUUACGCAAUUUUUACUGUUUGAUUAUCUCUUAAAGAAUCCAGUUGAGCUCGUUAUUCUGAAGAUUAUAAGUUAUAAUGAUUUUUACUGAAAAUGAUACUAUGUGAUAUGACAUAAAAACAACAAAAUCAUGUAACAUAGAAUAACAAAAUGCAAAAUAACAUAUGGUCGAUAAUGGAAAGUUUUCAUAUAUUUUCAAAUUAAAGGGAACAUUUUUAUAAAAAAAAUAACUGUAUUUUGCUCCAACACAGGAGAUUUUUAGCUUAUGUGUAGCAUGAUAAACAUGUUCAAACAACUGCAAGGAAUGGUAUCACUUUUGAACAACUUCAUACUGAUGUUACAUUUUGAUCGUAAACUAAUUUUAUUGGUUUACCAGAGUGGUAUUUCUACUACUUUGUUUGUGGAGAGGAGACCAAGUUUUGUACGACUGAAAUGUCAGACUGUGCCUUGCCUCACUUACUGUAGAAGAUUAACUUAAAGCUCAGUGUAACCAUGUUUUC